AUCAGUUGACGAACUUCAAUCGUAACGGUGAGUUCCAUUGCUGCGAAUACCGUCCAGCGCGGUCGUUGGAAAAGUUGCGCGUGCGGUUUAACUGUGAGCGCGAGUGAGAAGGAAGCAAAUCGAAAACCAAUUGGUGUUUAAAAUAUUUAUUAUUUUUAAGUGAUAACAUGAGCUAACAACUAAAUUGCAAAUAUUCGAAAAUAUCAAGUCGAAACGCCAGGAGUAAAACCAGCUGCUCGCGUGUGUGUGCCGAAGCUAAUAAAAUUAAUGUGUGAAUAUAUAUUUCUUUAUAUGUAUAUACAUAUCUAUAUACAUGUUUUUAGUACAUAAGCGCACCUGUGUGAACGGCAUACCAAUACAUGCGCAUACAUUUGUAUGUUUUUUUACCUUGACGUCACGGCUCUUUUUAUAACCAGCCAGCAGUCGCCAACGUAACGACUGUGUGUUGGCCGUGCUCCCGCUCAACCGAAGCGCUAAACAUAUCUUAGAUACGUCUAGAUAAUAACGCGACACCCGGGUUCCCAAAGCGUGGCGGAGAGUGUACGCGGCGUUGAUACCAACAACAUAACAUAGAGGCACAGUUAACAAAAGUCGCUGGCAAAAAACUAAAGCAGUAGAAAAAACAACAACAAACGGCUCACAGCUACAGCGCGAAUUGUGCGAAUACAAGCGUGUGUGUGUGUGUGCAUAACGAAAGCAAUUACAAACACACUUAAGCAUAAAUAAAAUUUAUACACAUAUUUAUGUGUUUGUAUGCGCGUGUGUGUUUCGUAAAAAGAAUGCUCGCUAAAAAUAAAGCAAUUUAGUUACACAAAAAAAUAUUUACAACAACAACUAUUCGCUGGAAAAAAAUUAAAAAAUUAAUAGCCAAAUAAAUAAAAUUAAAUUUAGCAUACGCAAGCAACAACAACAACAAAAUUUCGAAAGUGUGCACAAGCAAAAAAGUACAAAUAUUUUUAAGUCGAAACAUACAUACAUAUGUACAUACUAUGUACGUACGUACAUAAGCAUCGCAAGCACACAUGUAAGUCGCGCUUAACUCGGCUGUUCCAGUCAAAAAUCAAUUUUGAUUUGCUCGUAUUUGUCGCCGCAGUGAACCCCAAAUGCUACGAAUCUGUGCUUAAAAUUACGAAAUAAAAAAAAACAACAAACAUAUCAAUUGUAGAACGCAAAAAAAUAUUGACGCCACAAAAAUACCUCAUUAUCAUAAAUUCAACAUUUUUCUUGCACACAAAUGAAUGCACGAUAGUGCGCUUAUUUAAUAAAUACACGCACACAAACAGGGCUGAGACCAGACACAGCUGCGCUGAAACCCACGACUCAGCAAAAAAACAAAAACAAAAAAAUAAAAAAACUAAAACAAAACUGAAAUUGAAGUUGAAAUAAUCUCUCACAUACGUUUGCAAAAACAAAAUAACAAAAAUAAAAAACAACAACUACAAAGCAAAAUCUGCAACAGAAAAAUAAGUAUUUAAAACAACAACAAGCGGCUUGAAAUCACCCACUGUAAUAACGGAAGAGACGCGAAAUGGUAUUCUACAUAUCGGUUUUUGGCAAAAAUGUCGACCCACCCGACAAGCCGACGGUCAACGAAAAGAGCAUGGCCUGCAUUCAAGAUGGACUGGAACAUAUGAGAAUAGGUGGCGCUAAUCUCUCCUACACAACAGACAUCGACUUUCAUCGCCCACAACCAGAAAAUAACGGCACAGAUAGUUCGGACAAUACAUGUCAACAUCGAUGGACGCCCACAAAUGGUUACCAUGAUAAGGGUAUUGGAGUGAUGACAAGCCUACUGGGUUGUAUGAAACCGAUACUCUCCUUUAUGACCAAGACUGGCGUUAUCGAGAUCAAGGAUCCGAAAGAUUACGCUUGGGAAAUACCGUUUGAAUGCAUAACGGGAUUGGAGUGGCUCGGCAGCGGCGCGCAAGGUGCCGUCUUCAGUGGAAAGUUGAACAACGAAAUUGUUGCUGUGAAGAAGGUGAAAGAACUGAAAGAAACAGAUAUUAAGCAUUUAAGAAAGUUGGAUCAUCAAAAUAUUAUUAAGUUCAAAGGUGUUUGCACACAGCCGCCUGUAUUUUGUAUAAUCAUGGAGUUUUGUCCCUAUGGUCCACUACAAAAUAUACUGAAGGAUCAGCGGAAUAAGAAAGUGAUGCUGCCAUCUCGUUUAGUCUCGUGGUCGAAGCAAAUUGCACACGGCAUGCAAUAUCUGCACUCACAUAAGAUCAUACAUCGUGAUUUGAAGAGUCCCAAUAUACUGAUUGGCCAUCAAGAGAUAGUGAAGAUCAGUGAUUUUGGUACAAGCAAAGAGUGGAAUGAGAAGAGCACGAAAAUGAGCUUCGCUGGCACCGUAGCUUGGAUGGCACCCGAGGUGAUACGCAACGAGCCGUGCUCAGAAAAGGUCGACAUCUGGUCGUAUGGUGUUGUACUGUGGGAGAUGCUAACAUGUGAGAUACCGUACAAAGAUGUCGACUCGUCAGCCAUAAUUUGGGGUGUGGGCAAUAACUCAUUGAAACUACCGAUACCGUCCAGUUGCCCAGAGGGUUUCAAAUUAUUAGUAAAUUUAUGUUGGCAUACUAAACCGCGAAAUCGUCCCUCGUUCGGGCAAAUAUUAACGCAUUUGGAGAUAGCUGGUCCGGAGCUUUUGCGCAAAACCGACAACGGCUACUUCGAGGCACAGCAAUCCUGGAAUGAGGAAGUGCGUAUGCAUUUCAAGGAAAUCUCACAAAAUGGCACCAGCAUACAUAAAUAUGAACAGGAUUUGAUCAGACGGCGCACGGCUGAGUGGCAGCAUGCGCAGGACAUACGGCUGGUCUACGAGGAUAAGUUGGAGAAGACAAAUCGACUGUAUUUAGAAUUAAGUGAAUGCAUGACACAACUACAGGAAAAAGAAAAGGAGAUCGCUAUGCGCGAAAAGCAACUGCCAGGUUACAAACCCUCGAGACGUUUGGGCAGCACGCUACGAAAAAUACAAAACUACCGUAGACGACUUAAUCCACCUAUUAAUAUACCAGGAAAUGCUCAAAAACAACAACAAUCGUCAUCACCUGACCCCGAAACAACGCCAGAGAGCCCACUGAAGGCAACGCUCUACGCACAGGUUAUAAAUCUGAAUAAGACGAAAUCCUAUUGUGUAGCCACGCAGAAGCCGAAGAAAAGCAGACAUCGGCGGGUUGGUUCCGGUGGUUUCGCCGCUGCACCCAAAUAUAGUCCAAGUCGAGACCGGCGAUAUCAAAGCGAACCAGAAAAUCGUAAGAAUGUUAAGUUGGUCGACACUGAAACUCAAACCGAUGUCAUGGAUAUUAGUGAAAUGGAUAUUAGUCCAAAUGCCUCCUGUGCAAUGCAUGAUAUCUCUAUGACACUUGCCAUGGAGUCUGGUUUGCCAUCCUAUGAAGUUUUAUAUUUAACAGAUCGCAUAAAGCAGCGCCAGUCGGCUCAACCACAAACCGCUAUGCUAUGUAGCCAACAGCCGCUACAUCAUCAAAAUGACCAACCACAACAGACAGAUGCAACGGCAGCGGCGCUUACACCAACCAGUCUGAAUGGUAAUUCCAUGACACCGUUGGAUGUGACAUUCCAGGAUGCAUGCUCUAGUCCCGACCAAUUACUCGACGAUGUUAUCAAUAGCAACGAAAGACUUGACUUACCCGAUUAUUGUAGUUCCAAUGAGCACCUCGAUCGUCUUGGCGAAAAGGUGAUCAAGUUUAUCAAUGAAAAUCGACUGAGCAUACAGACUGCAACGUCAAUCAGUAAUCAAGGUGAGCUGGCGACAACUCGUCAGCAACCGUCUGAUAAUGGCAAUGAGAACACAAACGAUGGCAAUGGCACAAGCAGUCGCGAUGCUGCAUUGGAAAGAAUGACGCCAAGAACGAGUAGUGUGCGACGAAAACACCAGCACACAUUGGACAAGCCCUUGGCAGUGGAGGAACAAGCGAGCAACAAUGCGAAUGGUGAAUCCAACGAAGAUAUAUUCGAUGACAGUUGGUCGGAUGAGGAGGGUGAGGAUACCGACUACCAUUAUGGACUAAGACGCCGAAGCAUUGGACGCUUACCGAUUGGACGCGGCAUGCGUGCACGUCGCGGGUACAAAAUACCAAUCAUACCGAAAAUUCCAAUACACAAACGCAAUGCGACCGUAGUAUCGGAUGAAGAGAACACCUCCGAGUAUAGUCACUCACCGUCCAGCCAACAUUCUACGCUCGAAAGUAAUCCUGAUGAAGUACUCAAACAAAUGAAGGCAAACAAGAAGGCGAUCAACGCUGCGACCGCCACAACAGACAGCGAGGAGGAUGUCUCGUCGAGUAGCAGCAGCGAUGAUGCUGACGAUCUCGAAACGCAGCAUGAGCGUAGACCAACUACAACAACAGCAACGGCUGCCGCAGCAACACAACGACAAAGGCGCGAACAACGACAACAGCAAGCACAACAAAAGUAUGCAACAACAACCAGAGCAAUCAAUAUACCCGUUGCCGAGUCAUGUAAUGUCGGCCCAUCCAACGUGCCCAAACGCAGCGAUGUCAUCUCCAUACCAACAUACGAAGCGGACGGCGCAGUGGACAUGGUCUAAGCUUGUGAAAGCCUAUUAGCAAGUACCAAACAGGCUCAGGAACUAUAACUACUCCGCGCAUAGAUACAAAUGUAUAUUUACUUAUACUAUGUUGUAUGAGGCUAUAGUUCCAUUAAACACAUAAAAAGUAGUAUGUAAAAACAAAAACAAAAAAAAAUAGAGGAAAACGAAAAACAAAUUAUAAACGCAAAACAAUUCCGCUUUAGUUCAAGUACAUACAUAUGUAUCUCAGAAAAAAACUUUAAUGUCCUGUAUUUAAUAUUACAACUACCAGUUUAUUAAGUAACCGUUACGAUAAGUGUACAACAAACAAGUCAGACAUCUUGUCAUUAGUAAUUAGUCAUAAUAUGUAUAAUUACUUACAUAAUUACACACAUUUACAAAGGAUUACAUUAAAUUAAGUACCCAUUACAUUGUAAUUAAUUGUUUAUUAUAUAAUAUUUAGUUUGAACGAUAAGCAAGUAAAUUGUUGUAUGUGCGCAUUAUUUAAAAACAUAUAUACUUAUAUACUACAUAUGAAUUUUCAAAUACCUACUGGUAUUUCAUUAAGAUUUCAAAGUUAUCGCAUGCUCAAUUUGCCGAAAAGGAAUGGUUGCCAAUCUCAUUCGAUCGACUGUUGUAAUCUUAUUAUUUAUAAUCAAUAAUGUUGUCAUAAAGGACCGUGAGAACUUAUACAAAUCCUACUUCUCUAAGGCAAAAGCAUUCAUUAAAUUAACGCAGUGUCCAUAGUUACCGUUAGUUACGAGAAUUGUAUAAAAUUGCUUUAUUUCCUUAUACUUAUUCAGGUUCUAGAAACCCGAACUUAAAUGACCAGAAAUUCAAACUGUCUUGCACAAGUAUUUUUAAUUUUCGAAAGCCGUACAAUUAGAGAUGAGUAAAACUUAAAAGGUUAACAGUCGAGUAUUUGUUUUUUGAUAAGAAAAAGCAGUUUUAGUUAUGAAAAAAGUGAUCCGAACAAAUGAUCAUCCGCUGGACGCAUGAUUAUAUCAUCGAUUACCUUUACAUACUGCUAAGUUUAUUAAAUAUUUUUCAAGCCAUAAACCAGUUCGAUUGUUCACUCAUUUUCUGCUAGAGAAAGAUCGAAAUUAACAGUGAUAAACCAUGACAAUCUACAUUUCGAUCAUUCUUUGAUGAAUAUAAUGAAUAAAUAUAGCAAUACUUCCAAGUUUUUUAAGGUAGCUUACGUGUAAGAGGAGAUAUUCGGCGUAAAUCGAGACGUAAACUAAAAAAUUCUUUGUAAAAAAAUGCUGUGGUCUGUGGAUUAUAUUUAUAGUAUAUUAUUCAUUGCAUUUAUUGAAGGUAGCUGCAUACAAUUGUACCAAACUCAGUAAGCCCCCGGUAACUAAUAGCGAUCUUUGUUCGAAACGAUUUAAUAUUUUCUUCUUGCAUAUGAGUUUUAUCUUCCUUACUUUUUAGUAAACAUAUUAAUAACGCAAUUUUUGCGUAAAAUACUGUUACAUAAGAGAAAAAAACCUUUAAGCUAAAUUUGAUGUAAAGUUCAGCCGUCACGCUGUAAGAUUUUUGCAAUGUACGUGUGCUACUACGAAUCCAAAUAAGACAUAACGCCUCUCAAAGUAUAGUCAACCUACUUUGAAACUCAUUAUAUAAGGAUUACGUUAUAUCUUUCAUAAUCCACUAAUGUUCAUCACAAUUCACGGUACUGUGCCGGAGUAAAUAGUUUAAUGUUUUGCCUAUAUUUGUGACUAUGAUCAUAUAUACAAAACCAGUAAACAGUUUUAUUAAAAUUUAAAUAUUUAUGAGAUUUACAUAUGUAACCAUUCCCGCAGCAACUAUUCCAUAUAAACACAUAUACAUAUAUGUAUAUAUGUAAGUAUAUUUGUUUUUAAAUUGUGAUGCACUUAUCUCGAGUCUCGCCAUUUAUAAAGAGUUCAAGUUACUUGUUGAGCGUUUGAUAUUCAAUUACUUUUAAAAUAAAUACUAUUUAAAUUACAAUAACACAAAAUUACAAAAAGAAAAUAAUAGUCUAUAACAACAACAUCAUUAUAAAUUUAUGUAAACUGUCCAUAUAUAAUUACCUUAAGCUAUUUGUGUAUAAAGUCCAGUUAUUAAAUUGUACUUGAUUACAAUGAUUACAAAUGUACUUAGUUUCGUAAUGGAAGCGAUGAGAUUGCUUGCCUGUGCCUGCUAUUCCACGAAUACAUACUUACAGUUGCAUAUACGUUUAUAUUAUGUACUUAUAUGUUUUAAUAGAAAUACAUACCUACAUAUAUUUUUAAGUAUGUAUGUUGCUCAUAUCUUUAUUUAAGUUAAGUUGUCUUAUGUGUUCAUGUAAUUUAAAUACUGAAAUACAUACAUACACAUUUCAUAGUUUUAUGGUUUUAAAAAAUAAGUAAAUAGUUUUUGUUUGGCUAUUAUUUGUUGUAAGUAAUAUAUUGUUUAAUUUAGUUCAGCAAACAAUAAAUAUACAUAAAUAAUUUAGUAUAUAAUUGAUUCAUUAUGCAUAUAUAUACAUAUGUACCAUAAAUAUGACUUCCUUUUUUACAUGAGGACAGUUUGUUAAGUUCAUCAUGAGUCCGUCCGUACAUAAUCUCAAUGAAGUUGUUUUCUUUCAUAUUAGAUCUAUCUUAGCCGCGGUUGCGAAUUUUUUAAUUCAAGAUUUUUGUUUAAAAUUAGAAAUUAAAUUCAAAUAAAUGUAAAAUAUUUUUAAAGUAAAUCUAAUUUUUUUAUUUUAAUAAAACUCAAAAAAUUAAAUAAAAGUAAUUUCGUUUAUAUAUUUGGUAGUCGAAAAAGUCUUUUCGUAUUUUGUCAAUAGAUUUCGCUGCAUAUAUCGUAUAUCUCCAGUACUAGCAAUAACAUUGUGUCAUACCAUAUAUGUAGUGUUGGUUCGGGGAAGUUGAAAGAAGUUACAGCUGUUCAAAAAUGAGUGAAAAUAAUGAAAAAUUCCCUAUAUUUUGAAAUUUUUUUGAAGUUUACGGAGACAAUGCUGUAUUAGUUCGUGUAGCACAACUUCCGUUCUGAAAAUUUCGAUUUACACUGAUGGAAUAAUGUCUCUAACGAAAUUGACAAAAAGUGGUUGACCAAAAUGAUGCAUAUUUGUUUAUUUAUUUACUA